AGUUAGGGGCGGGGCAGAGCAGGGAGUGAAGAGGCCUGGACUAGGACGCUGCGGGUAGUGAGACAGGCCCUGCGCGGAGCAGCUAUACCAGCACGGUUAAGUGCAGCGUCCCCCACGCUCUAGGCAGCUCCGGCGUCUCCGCCUCGCUCCCACCAUGCCCGAACAGCUCAGUGUCGCGGAGUUCCUGGCCGUCACUGCAGAGGACCUCAGUUCCCCAGCCGGAGCAGCUGCCUUCGCCGCCAAGAUGCCCCGGUGCCGCGGGGCGGCGCUGGCACGGGAGGAGGCCCUGGAAGGAGACCAGGCUAUCUUACAGAGGAUCAAGAAGGCCGUUCGAGCUAUCCACAGCUCUGGUCUCGGCCACGUGGAGACUGAGGAGCAUUACCGAGAGGCCGUGGAGGCCUUGGGGAAUAGUCACUUGUCUCAGAACAGCCACGAGCUGUCCACUGGCUUCCUGAACCUGGCUGUAUUCACCAGAGAGGUGGCUGCCCUCUUCAAGAACCUGGUUCAGAACCUGAACAACAUCGUCUCCUUCCCGCUGGACAGUCUGAUGAAGGGGCAUCUAAGGGAUGGGCGACAUGAUUCCAAAAAGCAUCUGGAGAAGGCGUGGAAAGACUACGAAAGCAAAGUGGCCAAGCUGGAGAAGGAGAGGGAUCGGGCCAGGUUCCCAGGAGGAAGCCAUGGGGUGAUGUCCCAGGACACACAGCGAGAGCGACGAGUCUUCCAGCUGCACAUGUGUGAGUACCUUGUCAAAGCUGGAGAGAGUCAGGUGAAGCAAGGCCCAGACUUCCUGCAGAGCCUCAUCAAGUUCUUCCAUGCCCAGCACAACUUCUUCCAAGAUGGCUGGAAGGCAGCUCAGAGCCUCUCCCCCUUCAUCGACAAGCUGGCAGCCUCAGUGCAUGGGCUUCGGCAAGCUCAGGAAGAGGAACUGCACAAGCUUACCCAGCUCCGGGACUCCCUCCGAGGGAUGCUGCACCUGGAGAGCAGAGAGGAUCACCCAAACCGGAAGAACUCAGGGGGCGGCUACAGCAUCCACCAGCACCAAGGCAACAAGCAGUUUGGGACUGAGAAGGUGGGCUUCCUGUACAAGAAAAGUGAUGGGAUUCGAAGAGUCUGGCAGAAGAGGAAGUGUGGAGUGAAGUAUGGCUGCCUGACCAUCUCGCACAGCAUGAUCAACAGGCCCCCAGUGAAGCUGCCCUUGCUGACGUGCCAAGUGAGGCCCAACCCUGAGGAGAGAAGGUGUUUCGACCUGGUGACCCACAACCGUACUUACCACUUCCAUGCAGAGGACGAGCAGGAGUGUGAGGCAUGGGUGUCAGUGCUGCAGAAUAGCAAGGACGAAGCCCUGAGCAAUGCCUUUCACGGGGAGCCCAGUGGCGGCCAGUGGUCUUGGGGCACCCGGCUGGAUACGGAGCCCCACGACCUAACCAACAUGCUUGUCGCUGAGGUGAAGAGCAGGCCAGGGAAUGACCAUUGCUGCGACUGUGGGGCUGCAGACCCCACGUGGCUCAGCACCAACCUGGGCGUGCUCACCUGCAUCCAGUGCUCCGGUGUCCACCGGGAGCUGGGCGUGCGCUUCUCCCGCAUUCAAUCGCUCACCUUGGACCUCCUGGGCCCCUCGGAGCUGCUGCUGGCUUUGAACAUCGGAAACUCCCACUUCAAUGAAGUCAUGGAGGCCCACCUGCCCUCCCACGGCAGCCCUAAACCCUCUGCUGAGAGUGACAUGAGCAGCCGCAGGAACUACAUUGUAGCCAAGUAUGUAGAACACAAGUUCGCACGCCAUUCCACACCAGAUCCCCAGAAGCUACGGACAGCCAUCUGCAACCGGGACCUCCUCUCCAUCCUGGAGGCCUUUGCCAAUGGGCAGGACUUCGGACAGCUGCUGCCAGGGCCUGAUGGGCAGGCACCAGGAGAGCUUGCCCUGCACUUGGCCAUCCGAGUAGCCAGCCAUGCUUCCCUGUCGAUAGUGGACUUCCUUAUCCAGAAUGGUGGCCACUUGGAUGCCAAGGCUGCGGAUGGAAACACCGCCCUGCACUGCGCGGCGCUCCAUGGCCAGCUGGACUGUCUCAAGCUGCUGCUAAGAGGAAGGGCUCCCGUGGGGGCAGUAAAUGAUGCCGGAGAGACAGCCCUGGACAUAGCCAGAAACAGACAGCACAAGGAAUGUGAAGAGCUGCUGGAGCAGGCACAAGCAGGGACGCUCGCUUUCCCUCUCCAUAUGGACUACCACUGGGGACAUUCAAUGGAACACGGCUUUGACAGUGAGGAGGAGGAAGAGGAAGAAAAGCACUGCCCCUCGAAGCCCCCAGCGCAGGCCUGCUGGGGCAGUGGGAGGCUGGACAUCAGCAACAAGACCUAUGAGACGGUUGCCACCCCGGGACCAGCCACCGCUCAGAGCCAAAGUGAGGACAGUCCCCCACCCCUGCCCAUCAAAAACUCUUCUCGGACCAUAGUCCUCGGGCGAGCUGGACAUUGCAGUGGAGAUCGUUCUGACCUUCCCAGCCUGAGAUCAGAGUCUCCCGAGGCCUUAGAAAACCGGAGCAGCCCAGCAUCCUCCUCCUCCAGCCUCACCAGCUCAGUGGAACCCGGGGGGCUGAGCCAGGCCCCGUCUAGCCCUGAAGAGGGCCUCCAGGAACCAGCUGGCAUCUCACGCCCUGGCCUGGCAUCUGGAACCACCCCUGCUGAGGUGUAUCUCCCUGUCAGAUUCAGCUCAGAGAGCACUCGAUCCUACAGACGGGGAGGCCGAAGUCUGGAAGAUAGUCCCUCUGCCCGGCAGCCUCUGUGUAGUAGAAGGAACAUUCCGGUUGGCCUCGUGGAAGGAGAUGGCUCAAAGAUCGGGGUUCUCCCGGAUUCCCUGCAACUCUUGCACGACUAGCUCCUUGCUGACCCCUCUGCAUGGCUCACACUGGACCCCAACAUUCAGAGCUGGGACUUGAGACCGCAGAUCUGGGAGCUCACAUUCCUUAUGGGAACCGUGACCCUGCCAAGGACACUGGCCCUUCUGUGUUGGGGCUGACGUCCUGAGCCAGGCAGCCCUGGAGUUAGAUCUGACAAUGUCUCGGUUGAGUUAAGUUACACAACUCACAAUACUAUACUAGGAUUGUGUUUCUCCCUACCAGGGUGGGACCCGUUCUCAUCCUUCACGCCCAGGGGCUGUCUCGUGGCCACUUAUCAAUCUGGUGAUUUUCUUUAGUGAAGCCCAGCUUUAUGUCCAGACCUUUGCUAGGUACUAUGGAAUGCCACACGAAUAGGACACACAUCCUGCAGGUGUGGAUCCUCACUGGAAAGCUGGGCUCAAGAACUGACUCGGAAGGAGCAGAGCUAGGUUGCAGAGGGAUGGCUCUGAGCUCAGGGCCCGGACUGACCUCAGCUGGUCUCCUGUCUGGUCACUGCAGUUGUUACAGCCCAGUUCUGGUGGCCAAGGCCUGUGACGCCCAGUCUAAAGUAUGCUCCACUAGAGGGCAGCCUUACCCUCCCUGGGGUCUGUACUGUGUCCCUCAAUCUGGAAGUAGAAUAUGACUCACCUGCCUUGAUUUCACAGAAAGGAAAAGGAUGGUCUGGGUUGACUUAUCCCGUUCCUCUCACUUUUCUCUCGAUGAAGUCAGAAGCCUGGGGGAAUGAGGGACCAGGAAAGGAGUAAGGCGUUGGGGAAAUAAGAGAAACUUCAAAAGUCUGCUUUCUAGGGCCAGAAAUCCCACCAUCGUUUAGUCCAAUUACAAAGCCAGACCACCAGCAACCAUGGACAGCUCUGCUUCACACCUCCUUGGUGGUGGGGCCUGCAGGGGUGGGCCGAGCCAAACAGGGGAGGCCAGAGGGCACCAAGUGAGUAGCCAGCAGUGUGGCUAGGAAUUGAACUGUGCGCUCUGGGCUCUGGAGGCUGCUGUGGUCCUUGGUCCUAAAACAGGAUUGUUUCUGAGCCCCAGGUCAGCUUGUGUUCAUCUCAGUCUUACUGUUUUACUUAUCAAAGGAUUCCUGGGGGAGGGACGAAUUCCCCUGAGAGACUCUUGGGACUUGGGAUGCUUUCUUUCCCUGGCCAGGUUGGUAAAGAAUAGUGGCCAGAGAACAACAGAGAGUUUUGCCACAGGAGACAUUUGGUGAGGCAAGGACUGGAGGGGGCAUCCCUGAGCUCAGGGUGCCCUCAGCAUCCUCCUUCCAGCAUCUCCUAGUCUGUCUUGUGUCGUUGUAACGGAACGAUGGGGGCUGGGUGCUUUCUACAGUAAAGAGUUUUCUUUGGCUUAGGGUUCUGGUGAUUGGAAAGUCCAAACAGCAUGCCAUGAAUGCCCUGUAAAAGGCCCCGACUGUCACAACAUCACAAAAGAGGAGAAAGCAAGCACUUAUGUGCAGUAACCGCAAUUUGCUUUAUUUAUAGCACCUCACUUCCGUCAAAACUCACUCCCUAGAGGCAGAGCCCCUCACAUAAUUGCCUUCCACUAGGCGCUGCCCCUUAAAGGCUCACUCACCCUUCCACAUUGCCACACCAGGUAGGAAGAAAACACUCAAAACAUACCCACAUGAGCCGGGCGUGGUGGCGCACGCCUUUAAUCGCAGCACUUGGGAGGCAGAGGCAGGCGGAUUUCUGAGUUCGAGGCCAGCCUGGUCUACAGAGUGAGUUCCAGGACAGCCAGGGUUACACAGAGAAACCCUGUCUCACAAAACAAAACAUACCCACAUGGUAUGGUUUAUCCUUACAGCAAUGAACUAGCCAAUCCAAAAUGUCAGCAGCCAGGCUCAGAACCCCUGGUGUGCAGGAAAAGCACACUGGGCCGGAGACUGAGGACCUGAUGCGUGGCUCACCCAUGGUCCCGACCACACCCCCUCUUGGUUGCCCUGAGAUGAUGAGUUGGGUAAUGGAGUUUGUGAGGUGAGCCCUGGAUGCAUAACAAGGGGAGAAAUGAAACAGAAGGUUUGUCAGCAGUGAAGGACAGAGAAGAAGGCUGUUGGGAAAGUGCUUGCCAUACAACACUCAAGGUUGAGGAUUUGAGUUCGAAUCUGCAGGGCUCAUGCCAAGAGCUAGGCAUGCAGUGUCCUCCCAGACUCCUGGCUCUGUGGAAGCAGACCCUGGAGGAUCCCAGAAGCUUGCUGGGCAGCUCCAGGUUCAGUGAGAGACCCUGUCUCAAAACAUAAGGAGGCUAGCAAUUGAGACCACCACCAGUCUCUAGCUGCCUGCCACCUGCCGUGUACACACACACACACAAGCAUAAAGGACGCUGGCACAGCUGCACACAUCUGUAAUUCCAGCGUUCUGGGGGCUGAGGCAGGGCCAUAGUGAGUUAGCAAAUACCUUUGCCAUGUCCCUUUGAGAGUAAAGAAUGGGGUGUUUACCACCAAUGGUAAAACCCCUCUGAGGGUAUCAGUUUCCUGUCUGCCCCCCCCCCCCAAAGCUCACAGGGAAAUAAGACAGUUGUGUGCAUCCUUGUGUGCAGGUGACCUCUCCCUUGGACAGGUGGGCAGAGGGAUACAAUCGGUACCAGCAGUGCUGGCUACGUUCCAGGAGGGUACGAGAAGGCGGAGUCUCACUUCCUGAGAUUGACUCUUCUAUUUGCAUAAUAAAGUCUGACGCGUU